AUGUCAAAUGAAGAUAAUUCUUUGGUUUUUGAUGCAUCUGUUUUUCAACACCAGUACAAUAUACCAUCACAAUUCAUAUGGCCUGAUCAUGAGAAACCUUGUCCCGAGCCACCACCGGUACUGAAUGUCCCUACUAUAGAUUUGGGUAGCUUUCUCUCAGGCGAUGUGGACUCGGUUUGGGGUGCAACCUGUCUAGUCAACCAGGCAUGUAGAGAACACGGGGUCUUUCUUGUUGUAAAUCAUGGGGUCGAUUUGGAACUUGUCAAGGAAGCUCACAAGGGCAUGGACUAUUUCUUUGGGAAGCCACUUGAAGAGAAACAAAGGGCCCGGAGAAAAAUUGGUAACCUUUGUGGUUAUGCUAGUAGCUUUGCUAAUAGAUUUUCCUCCAAGCUUCCCUGGAAAGAGACACUUUCUUUUAGUUACAGUGCUGAUCUUCAGUUGUCCAACAUUGUCGAGAGCUAUUUCUUGAAUGUGAUGGGUGAGAAUUACAGACAAUUCGGGAGGGUUUGCCAAGAAUAUUCUGAAGCAAUGAGCAGUCUUUCUCUUAACAUCAUGGAGCUCCUGGGAAUGAGCCUUGGGGUGGGACCAGCUUGUUUCAGAGAAUACUUUGAAGGAAAUGAUUCUAUAAUGAGAUUAAACUACUACCCUCCAUGCCAAAAACCUGCUCUAACUCUUGGCACAGGCCCUCAUUGUGACCCUACCUCCUUAACUAUCCUUCAUCAAGAUAAUGUUGGUGGACUUGAAGUUUUUUAUGAUGAAAAGUGGCAUUUCAUUCCUCCCAAUGCACAAGCUUUUGUAGUCAACAUUGGUGACACAUUCAUGGCUUUAUCGAAUGGGAUUUACAAGAGUUGCUUGCAUAGAGCAGUUGUAAACAGUAAAGUUCCAAGGAAAUCCUUGGCUUUCUUUCUUUGUCCAAAGAUGGACAAAAUGGUAAGGCCACCAAAGGAAUUGGUAUGCGAAGAAAAUCCAAGAAUAUAUCCAGAUUUCACUUGGCCGGCUCUUCUUGAAUUCACACAGAAUCAUUACAGAGCUGACACGAAAACACUUGAAGUUUUCACCAAUUGGCUUCAACAGAAAAGCAGUCUAGAUACUGCCACAUCGAAUGGUUAA